UCUCCGCCCUACUGCUAGUCUGAGGCCGUCGGCUUCCUCUGAAGCGCCUGGCUGUCCAUAAGCUGCUAAAUGUUUCUUUUAUUCCUUUCUAUUUCAUACGGGCAACAGGGAAAAUAGAUAUUACUCGAAGCCAGAAGUUUAAUAGAGAAGUGGAAAAGCCGAGGAAUACCCUUCUGUCGGAUCUACGUCGGCGCACUGCCACAUUUGUUCAGCCCUUUAGCUCCUGAAGCUAACAGCGGUUGAGGAGAGUGGAAGCCUCGGCACGAGAUGGUUUGACUGUGGUCCAUGAAUAACAAAAAUAUGAGCAUCUAAUCAACGCUUGGUAUCAUGGCUCCAGUCUCACCCUGACCUCUUGGUUUACCCAGGAUCCAAAAUGAGCAUCAGCAGUGAUGAGGUCAAUUUCCUGGUGUACAGAUACCUGCAGGAGUCAGGCUUCUCCCACUCAGCAUUCACCUUUGGCAUAGAGAGCCACAUCAGCCAGUCUAACAUUAACGGAGCUCUGGUGCCCCCUGCUGCCCUCAUCUCCAUCAUCCAGAAAGGCCUGCAGUACGUGGAGGCUGAAGUCAGCAUCAAUGAGGAUGGUACGCUGUUUGAUGGGCGGCCGAUCGAGUCUCUGUCGCUGAUUGAUGCAGUGAUGCCAGAUGUGGUGCAAACAAGGCAGCAAGUGUAUAAGGAUAAGCUGGCUCAGCAGCAAGCAGCCUCCGCCUCCAGCGCCACAACAGCUGCUGCUGCCAAGAACGGAGAGAACACGGCUAAUGGGGAGGAGAACGGCGCUCACACGCUGUCUAACCACCACUCAGACAUGAUGGAGGUAGACCGAGCCGUGGAGAUCCCAGCCAGUAAGGCCAUGGUGCUGCGCGGCCACGAGUCAGAGGUCUUCAUCUGUGCAUGGAACCCUGUCAGUGAUCUGCUGGCAUCUGGCUCUGGAGACUCGACUGCACGGAUCUGGAACCUGAGUGAGAGCAGCACUGGAGGAUCCACUCAGCUGGUGCUUCGCCACUGCAUUCGGGAGGGGGGGCAGGAUGUACCAAGUAACAAAGACGUCACCUCAUUGGACUGGAAUAGUGAAGGUACACUUCUAGCCACAGGGUCCUAUGAUGGAUUUGCCAGGAUAUGGACUAAAGAUGGUAAUCUUGCCAGUACACUGGGCCAGCACAAAGGUCCUAUAUUUGCUUUAAAGUGGAACAAGAAAGGAAAUUUUAUUCUCAGCGCUGGUGUUGAUAAGACCACCAUUAUUUGGGACGCACACACAGGAGAGGCCAAACAACAGUUUCCAUUCCAUUCAGCUCCAGCUCUGGACGUGGACUGGCAGAGCAACAACACAUUUGCAUCCUGCAGCACAGACAUGUGUAUUCACGUGUGUAAAUUGGGCCAGGAAAGACCAAUCAAAACAUUCCAGGGCCACACAAAUGAAGUCAAUGCAAUCAAAUGGGAUCCGACAGGGAAUCUCUUGGCCUCCUGCUCUGAUGACAUGACGCUAAAGCUUUGGAGUAUGAAGCAGGACACUUGCGUUCAUGACCUGCAAGCCCAUAGUAAGGAGAUCUACACCAUAAAAUGGAGCCCAACUGGACCUGGAACCAACAACCCCAAUGCCAACCUCAUGCUGGCCAGUGCGUCAUUCGACUCAACGGUGCGUCUGUGGGAUGCUGAACGUGGAGCCUGCAUCCACACUCUGACCAAACACCAGGAGCCCGUCUACAGUGUGGCCUUCAGCCCAGAUGGACGGCACCUGGCCAGUGGCUCCUUCGACAAGUGUGUCCAUAUCUGGAACACGCAGAGCGGUGCUUUAGUCAACAGCUACAGAGGGACCGGCGGUAUUUUUGAAGUAUGCUGGAACUCCACUGGAGACAAAGUGGGCGCAAGUGCAUCAGACGGAUCGGUUUGUGUAUUAGACCUAAGGAAAUGACGCUGCCGCUGGGAAGCCAUGGACCGACUAUGAAUGUGUGCAUAGCCAAAUGUAACGACUGUCCCUGGCCCAUCAUCCACUGCUGUAAAUCCACACAUGAGGUAUCAGACCUCAGCCCAGACCAACAGACACACAGCGUUUACCACACACACAUAACCAGCGUGAUCACAGACUGUUAUAUACAGACACGCUCGACACAUGAUACAAACACACACCUCAUAAAGCAUCAUUCCAAGCCCAGAGGGCCGAGCUCCACACCGCUGAAGUGCACAUAUUGUACACGUCAGCAAUCCAGCAACGGUUGAGGUGAAUUGCAUGAGCUGUUGAAUAUGGCCGACUUGUGGCCGUAUGAGAUUGACAAUUCAGAGUAUUGGCACUGUAUGUUUAGUGGCUCCAUGACUUUGGAACUGUUCUCCAAAAAAAUUGCUCAAGGAUUUUUUUUUUUGCCAAACUUUGAGAAAUAAUUUGAUUCCUUUUUUUUUUUUCCUUUUUUUUUUAACAGAGUUAUAAGAGUACACAAAGGCUAUUAAAUUACUCAGCUAUAUUUU